CAAUCUAGAUACCUCUCUCGAUUUUAGACUAUACUUGGGUCUAUCCCAUUCUCCAAUCCCACGCUCAUUACAUCAUUUUACACCAACUUUGCAUCACUUUAUUUGCUUUGAGACGUACACAUUUGUCUUGUAUUUCCCUGCUAAACUUUAACUGCAUUUCACUUUCUUAUAGAUGUAUCUUACUUCUGAUGUGGGAAAUUCUAAUUGUCUCUAAUUCAAUUCAUAACAAUCAAAUAUUACAAAAAAAAAUUUAUUUAAUUUUAAAAUUUUUAUACAUAAAAUAAAAGAAAGAUACAGGUAACUUCUUCCUGUGACAAAAAUGCAUGCCCUCACUUUCUUUCCCAAAUCUCUCCUUUCCCACCCUCCAAUUAUCGGAGCAUCCCGAUACAUAACCUUUUAUUGGGUCAUCUAAAUCCACCUUCAUCUUCUUCUCUCCAACAUAUCCUUUUGAAUCACACAUUGAAGAAAACACUCGCAUAGAUCUACUGUUUUUUGGGUCUCUCCGAAACACCAAACCUUUCUCAAAAAGCCUAAAACCAGUUUGAAAUUCAUUUUCCUAAUCUUGUUAUUGUUGCUUCACAGUUCACACCAUGAAAGUCACUACCCAGAAAGAUUCAGAAAAAGUAAUUUGGGAUCAAAUGAAAAGCCCAUCAAGCACACACAUAUCACAGAACAGAGCACUACCCAAACUCAUGGUCUUUCUCAUACUCUUCGUCUCACUCACCUACCUCGUCUACACUUUCAAGCUCAUCUCCUCUCCGCCAAAUUGCCACGAAGACAACAUCUUCACUACUCUGCAUUUAUCAUCAGCAAAACCCAAUUUCAAGUACCAAUCAAACCCAUCAAUCCAUAAUCAGCCGACCCAUUUGGCAGCGCCGGAGGAGGAAGCAACCCACAGGAGAACGGAGCUCGAGCACAUCGUCUUCGGCAUUGCGGCGUCCGCGAAGCUCUGGGAACAGAGGAAAAAAUACAUCAAGCUAUGGUACAACCCGAUCCGAAUGAGGGGCAUAGUCUGGCUAGACAAUCCGGUGGAGACCCAUUCGGAUUCGGACCUACCGCAGGUGAGAAUCUCCGGCAACACGACGAAAUUCAAGUACAAGAACCGGCAGGGGCACCGGUCGGCGAUUCGGAUAUCGCGGAUCGUGACGGAGACGCUCCGGCAAGGGAUGGAGGACGUGAGGUGGUUCGUGAUGGGCGACGACGACACGGUGUUCGUCGCCGAUAAUCUUAUUAGGGUUUUGAGAAAGUACGAUCACACCCAGAUGUAUUAUAUUGGGAGUUUGUCGGAGAGUCACUUGCAGAAUAUAUAUUUCUCGUAUGGAAUGGCUUAUGGUGGUGGUGGGUUUGCGAUUAGCUACCCAUUGGCGAAAGCACUGGCGAGAAUGCAAGAUAAGUGUAUUCAGAGGUACCCGGGAUUGUACGGGUCGGAUGAUCGGAUGCAAGCUUGUAUGGCUGAACUCGGUGUGCCACUCACCAAAGAACUCGGCUUCCACCAGUAUGAUGUGUAUGGGAACCUAUUUGGACUCCUCGCGGCACACCCGGUGACACCAUUGGUGUCAUUGCACCACCUUGAUGUGGUGGAACCAAUAUUCCCCAAUAUGACCCAGGUGCAAGCCCUUCAACAGCUUAUGAUUCCAAUGAAGCUUGAUUCAGCAGGUCUCAUGCAACAGUCCAUUUGCUAUGACAAAGCAAAGAAGUGGACCGUUUCAGUGUCGUGGGGCUUUGCAGUUCAAAUUUUUAGGGGUGUCCUAUCGCCACGAGAGAUAGAAAUGCCCUCAAGGACAUUCUUGAAUUGGUAUAGAAGAGCAGAUUACACGGCCUACGCAUUCAACACACGUCCAGUUAGCCGGAACCUGUGUCAGAAGCCCUUUGUCUUUUACUUUUCAAAGGCGGGAUUAAAUUCUUUAGGGAAUCAAACGGUGACUCAGUAUGAUCGGCAUCAAGUUCCUCAUCCAGAGUGCAGAUGGAAGAUGGCGGAUCCUGCUGAACUUGACAGAGUCGAGGUUCAUAAGAAACCCGACCCACAUUUAUGGGAUAGGUCUCCGAGGAGAAACUGUUGCAGGAUCUUGGAAUCUAAGAGAAGAAGCAUGGUGGUGGAUGUGGGUAUAUGUAGGGAAGGUGAGAUAAGUCAAAUUUAAUCAUAACCCAAAGCAUUAGAGCUUCUUUUUCUUUGUGUUCUAUCUUUCUUCAUGUUGAUUAUUAGCUUUAAUCCUUUGUUGUAAAUUUAUGCCUUCAGAAUUCUUGCAAAGGUCUCCUCUUGGGUUAGAAAAUAGGUAGGUUAGUAUUAAAAAAAUGGAAUUCACACUUUUAUAUCAUACAAUGAUUAAUCACAAUGUAGUUUCUAAUUAAAUAAUUUCUUAUCUA